UUUCCACACUGCACCAUAAGUCAGGACACAGCGCUCAGUUUAACAUCAGGUCACGCAGUCCCAAUGGGCAAUGAACAUGUUCUCGCCCCUGGCUCCCAUUGCCAGUGAUUCUACGACGACAUCUGUUUAUUCGCGCCGAUAAUGGCUACUGUCCGAUCCCUUGGCCUUCACCAGCCCUCGGCCAUACCUUUUCUCGUCGCAGAGGGAUUACUGCCUCCCGAUCCGUCCGAUAAUCACUAUGCAUGGUUGACUAGUGUCGAUACAGGCCAGAAUGGCGCCGUCGAGGAUGAGAUCGUUUGGACGAAGACUUGCGUAGUCUGGUCUCGAGCAAGGACUGUGCAGAGGGUGUACCGGCUAGAUCUUGAAAAGGAGGAGAUCAGGCAUGCUCUUCUGACAAACUUUUCGGUUAGUCAGUUGAAUAGACCCAAUGGCAAGGUUUCUCCAGCGACGAAUGAGGGCCUUUUUCGAAAAAACAACGAUCCCGGCCGAGGUCGUGGUUCACAAGGUCAACAGGAUGGGGAAGAAUCGAGACUAGAAACCACAGGAGUGACCUUGAAUAUACGUGGACGAGGUGCUCAAGGAGCCAAUGACUUCGAAUCGACUAGAGCGUUGGUUGUGGUCCUAAAAUCUCAAGCCCAUAUCUUCUUCCUGGCGGGCAACAGUCAUGUCGUUCCAUUACCAUUCGAGGUGGAUUCAGUAUUCGCAACCCCCAAGGGUCUUUUAUUUCAGAGAAAAAUGUACGAGGAGGACAAUAAAGAUACGAGUCUCUACCCAAUGGCGCCGCCCAACUCGUUCAUGUCGUCGUUACCUACAACAGUGGACUUGCGCAUAUCCCAAUCUCUAGAAGUCCCUUCUAGAGGCAAAAGACCGUCGUUGACUGUAUCCCCUGCUCAAGGCACUGGUCUAAGGUCGCCGCACAAACAGCCCGAACUACCUAGGGUGUUCUCCCUCAUGGACCCGCAUUCAGAAAUGGGACUCGUUGUGACCAACCAGACAUCUCGUUUUCUACAAAGUAGUAUUACCAGCGGACCUUCUGGGUUGGACGUAUUGGGCGCAGCGGAUGAGAUCAUUUAUGUCUCUUCCAGAGACGAGCUCUUAGAGUCUAAUAGGAAUCUAAUUAACGGUCCCCUAAUUCUAGUGUUGACCGUCAAUGUCAAUACGGGGCUGUACACUAUCUGGACAGCACGUUACAGGGAAGAUGGAGCUAAUCCCUCGUCUAAGAAGAGGGGACGGCGCGAGACAGGUGGUACCUGGUCCAAGCGACGUAGCUCGCAUUUUGGAGUGGCAACAGGAACAACAACUCCUGGCGCUCGCCCCUCUGCUACCAGGGAGAGCUUUGGCCCUAGGGGCGAUAAUUGGAAUACACCGGGCCUGUCUCAUUCGCAAUACUCUACCGAUGGAAUACCAGAUGACGACGACCUUGCCUCUAAACUGGGCCAGGAUUUUGGUGAUAUUGGAGUUCCACUGAAAACUUCAAGGCGGGUGAGCUCUCUGCUCGCUCGAGCCGACCUUGCGACUGGUCAAGAUAGGAUAACAUUCUCGGACCUUGCUACAGGAAGCCAAUCGAGCUCUAUUCCGCACGGAAACCUCCGACAGUCGAUAGGUGCUGCAAGCAGCCGCGGAAGCUUCGGUUUCAACCCUAGGGCUUCUCUACCGCCUGGAAAUGGCUCGGUAUAUAGCACAACCACCAGCUUCGUUGAUGCUCCGGUUGACAGGCUCCUGGAGGAGCUUAACAGUGAAAGUUUAUUUGAAGGAUUUGAGAACAUGGACCUCAAAGAAUCAGCAUCGGGUCUUCCCGAGGAGGUUCUGCUGUCAAAAGUUGAGAGCUUUUCCUCCCGGUUCUCUAACAAUUUUCAUACUCCAGUCAAGUCGAAGCCGUCCCGAAAGCCGAGGACUAUUACAAUAUGUCCCUCGGAAUGCACGGGCUCGCAGAAUGGGAAUUCAGCUGUUCUAGCUCUUUGUGUUGUAGACCAAGACGCCAAGUCGAUGACAGUUGUUAACUUACGAGCAGACAGGGUCUCAAUCCCGAAGAAAGAAUCAUUGUUUUCCAAGAGAAUGAAGGAGAGAAAAAGCCCAGAUGAGCGCUCGUUACUUGUUCAUGCGACCAGCGUACAGCACUUCUCAGGUAUAUGUGAUGCUUGUAAGAUUGUUGAUGGACAGAUUUCACGGAUCAUGACCUUGAGCACGACAGAUAACGGACAGCAAGAGCUUCUUUUACAAAGUCCUUGGAGCAGCCCAAUCACUGUUGAUGUGCCGAAGAAACUUCUGUUAUAUGAGCCAUACGGAGUCUCUCCCACUGCAUCUGUAAAUCGGCCGAGGGAAAGCGGUAUGCAUCGGCUCAUGACUGAUUCUUUCACAAUUACCGGUCUAGAUCACGCCACCAUUCAAGGGAAGGUUGACCUGAUCGAUUCCGAAAGGCGGAAGCAUAGGCUACAGAUCCAUAUGGAGCCUAGAAAUGAACUUGUGAAGAAUAUCUUUAGGACCUGUCGAUUUGUUUUGCCAGACUCAGAGAAAGCCGGCGACGGAAUGCUAGCAGCUUGGUGGGAAACAGUGAACUGGCUUCGCGAAAGGGAAACAACCGAAAAAGACCUCGAGUGGACCGCAAUGGUAGUGGUCCUGUUUGCAAUGGCAAUUCCAUUUAUUAAUAGUGACCAGUCACGGGCGCCUGCACAGCGCAUACGUAAAAAGAAAGCCCUGCUACGGUCAAGCAGCGGCAGCCAUGUGGACUUGGAAAGUUGGGAGACGAUGUUAGACCAAGAGUCAGGGUCUGCUGGUGUUGUGUCAUCAUGGAUAAACACCAGCUCCUGGGGUUGGGUUGUCGAACGAGAUGCUAGAGAAGAUCGCAGUACUUGCUUCGGGAAAAAGUCCAUGAAGACUGAGCAAACAGGCUCGAGCCGGCCAACAUACCGCAAGAAUACUUAUUUGCUCCGAUGUGCAGCUUUAACCCGCGAAUUCUUGCAAACUCCCAAGGGUAUCGCGGUUGUAGGUUCAGACGGCCAUCUUCCAACAGCGCUUUCUUACAGCCAGAGUCUACGACAGACCGCUCUGUGUACAAUACUUGUCGGGCUACAUCUACUUCGUGAAGAACAAAAGCUGUCGAUCUGUGAAAGCGAGGAGUCUCGCAAAGCCUUGGGUCUACUGGCUCCAGUUUUAGCACAAAUUGGAGGGUGGUUAGGAUGGAAGUCUUGGACAUGGGCCGAAGAUGCAUAUUAUGGCAUGGAGAUUGCUAGUAUUGACCGCUGGCAGUUCGAAGAUACCCGGAUUUCCAUGUUAGAUGUACCACAAGAGCUUUUUACGCCCCCUUCAGUCUUCAGUUAUGUAGAGACUGCGUGGCGUCAGUUUCCUUUCCCCCUUUUCACCCUUCUUAACCUGGUAACCGGGUCAGAACACACUCCGAGAAAGGGGAAAUUAUGGCAAGAAUGCUUUAUGCUCACCCCAAGAACACUGGCAUUGGAUGGUUUUCUCUCCGAAGUACAUAACGCCUCAACGUCUCUCGACCGGACAAAGCUUCUUCAUCGCUGGGGCUUCACUAGAAGUGUCAUUGAGACAUUCCCAGAGGGCAUCAGUAUUCAUUUGUACGAAGCCAUCAUGCAGUCUCAGAUGCAUGCUUCAACGUCAUGGGGCUCAACACUCCUAGAGCUAGUCGAUCGCGAAGAUCUAAGUAUAUCGAUGUGUACUUAUAACCCUUGCACGCCGUCAGCAUGGCACCCUGCUGUGUCGCAUGACGCGAUACGCGAUGUUCAUCAUAUUGGCGUUUCCUCCCUGGAUAUCGAUACGAUCAAUUCCUUCGAGGCAUCUGCCGAGGCAGAUAGGUUUUCCGUGACUAGACUAAUCUUUCGUGAGGACAAGCGUUUCAUCGAAGCCGCUAGGCUGCUAAAUCAGUCUAAACCCCCUGCAGCGGAGUGUAUCCCAGAGCCCGAUUGGAACGACUCGGAUUUACUAGAGGCGCAGAAAGAGCUGGUGCAACUUGUUACGCUUCGAACGUUAUCCAUUCCUAUAGGACGGGCUAUGCUAGCAUUCAGUGGGCGACUACCUCUGCUAACUGAGAAGCUCCCAAUUCCUUCAUUCUCGCUGCAGUGUAUCAUGAAACCUUCGAAUGUAACGAUAAGCGCGGAUCGGACAUCAUUUAGCGAGGAAAAGGUAUGCUGGGCCUUCUUUCAUAAUGGUGUUUCUACCGGUCUCGCAAUAUCGAGGAACUCCAGGGGUAUUGACACCUCGUGGAUUCUUUUUAACAAACCGCAAGAGCUAACCAAUCGGCACGCUGGCUUUUUGUUAGCCCUGGGACUCAAUGGCCAUCUGAAGUCUUUGGCGAAAUGGGUAGCUUUUAAGUACUUGACUCCCAAGCAUACAAUGACGUCUAUUGGUCUAUUACUAGGCCUAUCUGCCUCUUACCUGGGCACGAUGGAUACAUUAAUCACCCGGCUCUUGUCAGUCCAUGUAACGAGAAUGCUCCCUCUCGGUGCCGCCGAGCUGAAUCUAUCGCCGCUAACCCAAACCGCCGGUAUUAUGGGGAUUGGCUUACUGUACUGCGGCUCCCAACAUCGAAGAAUGAGUGAAGUGAUGCUAUCAGAGAUCGAAAACGUGGAUCAGGAGGAAACCUCCGCAGGUCGAGAAGAUUUGCGUGACGAAGGCUACCGUUUAGCUGCCGGGAUGGCUCUUGGUUUUAUCAACUUAGCGAAGGGAAAGGAUCUACGAGGGAUGCGAGACAUGCAUAUUGUAGAAAGACUGUUGGCCGUGGCGGUAGGGACGAAGAACGUUGACUUAGCACAUGUCCUUGACAGGGCUACUGCCGGUGCAACGAUUGCCCUGGCAAUUAUCUUCAUGAAGACGAAUGACAAGAUCCUGGCCCAGAAGAUCAAUAUCCCUGACACCACAGUACGCUACGACUAUGUACGACCAGACUUGUUCCUCCUUCGUACACUUGCCCGGCAUGUCAUCAUGUGGGAUAGUAUCCAACCCAGUGACGAAUGGUUCAUUCAAAACCUUCCAGGGCUUUACCGCCGCCGGUACCGUCUGACGGGAGUCCGGCGACUGAAAAGCGAGGAUAUGCCAUUUUUCAAUAUCAUUGCUGGUCUUUGCUUCACACUUGGUCUCCGCUAUGCGGGUUCUGCGCAGACAACAGUGCGUGACAUCCUCCUUUCAUAUCUUGAUCAGUUUAUCCGCAUCUGUAGACUUCCGGCUAUCAACUACGACGGGAAGCUCGCGAGGAAUUCCGUCCGGCACUGUCAGGAUGUCGUGGCGCUCUCAGCAGCAACUGUAAUGGCAGGGACGGGGGACCUAGCGUUGUUCCGCCGCUUACGCUCUUUGCAUGGGCGUGUGGAUGCUGAUACACCCUAUGGCAGUCAUAUGGCAGCACAUAUGGCGAUCGGGCUGCUUUUCCUGGGCGGAGGCAGUUACACUCUCGGCACGUCCGAUCUGGCUAUAGCGUCGCUCAUCUGUUCCUUAUACCCGGUCUUCCCGACAACAGUACUUGAUAACAAAUGUCAUUUACAGGCAUUCCGCCACUUAUGGGUUCUCGCUGCCGAGCCGCGCUGUUUCGUGCCCCGAGACAUUGAUUCUCGCCGGCCCAUAUCCAUUCCUAUCACAGUGACAAGCGCCAGCGGCAGUAGCCGAAAAAUCACCGCCCCCUGUCUCCUGCCUGAACUGGGCUCCAUCGCGAAAGUAGAAGUUCACAGCGCCGAUUAUUGGCCGCUGGUGCUUGACUUCACGCGCCACCCUCCUCUCCGGGAGAAAUUCCGACGCGGCGACCAGUCGGUCUAUUUACGACGAAAAGCGACAUACAACCCAACAGGCUCGUCUGCCUUUGUUUCGACAUUAGUGGGGCUCAGCGAAGCCCAGGACGUUCUUCCCUCGUCCACAACUGCAUCAAACCAUGGCAAGGGACUACCGCCAGCGGCAAGGCCAACCCUUGCUGCUCCGCUCACCGGAGUGACUGCUCCCACUCCUCCGUCCUCGCCAUCGCUGAGCAUGUGGGAGUGGAUUUUCAGCCUUAGGUCGCUCCAGGCGUUAGAUGUUCGUGAGAAGGCUCUCGUCUUACCAUCAUCUUUCCCAGCCCGUACUCGCACCCCAGGCACCAAUGUUGUCUCCUAUGCGCCAUGGUUACGACAGUCGGCGGUUGACAGUAAGCUCGUGAUUGAGAACACAGUGCAGGAUAUCAUCCGCACAGAACAAGGUCGUGGUGCACAUCCUGAUGAAAUUCGCGAUCGAAUCUGGCAAUUGCGGCUUCUGUUCAACUUUCUCGGCUUUCAUUCCGAUGAGAGCAUGCAAGAACUCGAAGAAGAGACUGGAACAUCGGAGGAUCUAGCCACAAGGAUGGCGAGCGAGUCCGAGGGACUGUGGCUACGGCGAGAUUUCGUAGAAGAGGCACGCUGGAAGAUCUUGGGCGUUCAGUCUGGUGAUUAUUUUUGAAGGUGUAUACUUAUGUUAUUACGCAUGAUAUGACUUGAAGGCUGAAUACGGAAAAACUGUUGGCCUUCCUCGUCCUUUUCUAAUGAUUUACAAUCCUGUCGUUCCUUCUUGUUAGGGUCAAGGUUUCUUUUAUAGCAUAGUCAGGAGUACAGUAGGUUACCGCAUGCCAAGCCAUGAGAGAUCCAAGAAACGUC